AGACAAAGUAGAGUUAACUUUGUAUAUUACUGCGCAUACCCAAGUGUCAGUAUGUCUGGGUCUCUCGAAACCCUCGCCAAACCCUCCGCCUUCUUCGUGCGCCAUGUCCGCACAAACGCGAUCUCUCGUAUUCCUCCUAUCGCUCGUCGAUCGGCCUCACCCCUCCCCUGUCGCAUGGCAGUGUUAUCGCGGGACAAGCUUGAAAGAGAAGCCGCAGCCAAGAGCCCCGACUUGCGUCGUUGCUUAGGCCACCAACGACUUCUCCGCCGCUCAAUAGAAGCUGCACAAGAGGAUGCACGGAAGGCCAUGGCAUCAUUCCAGCUAGAAGAAAGUGACGACGAGGACGAGAUCUUUGGAGACGACGAAGACGCUCCUCCCAGCCCUAUGAUCCGAGAGCAGAUCACCAAGGCUGUCAAAGCAAUGAUCAAGCGUCGUGCAGCCAGUCAAGUUCAAGAGACCGACAAUACCAAUACGGCGCCGCAUCUGGUGCGCGUCAGCUCGAAGAACGAUAGCAGCCGUGACUUGUCAGCGCGACAACCCAAUGCCUUCUACAAAACGCCAUCAGUCACAACGAAACGUCGCAAACCUACCUCCAAGUUUGCCUUUACCCGACUGCUGUGGUCGUCAUCCAACCAACCCGUGCAGGCAAUGGCUAGCUGACAGGGCCUUUGUUGCAUAACGCAAACAUUCGUCAAUCUUACGACCUCCUCAUGAUACCUCUGCAUUUACAACGGCGAUCACAAGCCAUCCUUACGACCAUAGACGUCCUUCUUCUCCUGUUUGCCCAAGUUCUAGCACGUGCAUGUCUAUCAACUAGA